CACUUCCUAUAAAAGACCAUAGGUAUAGAUAGUUAUUUUUAUAAGGAAAAACUUUAAUUGCGGAUGAUGAAAAUCAUAUAGAUGAUUAUGUUUACUUAUAUUCAAUUGAAAAUAUACUUUGUAGAGAUACUGAACAUAUAACUGAUAAUCUAUAAUGUGUUUAAUGCAAAAAUAAUGAGUAUUUUAAAGACGAUAUAUGUGUAGGUUGUCCAAAAGGGACUUUUGUUAUAAAUAAUAUAUGUACUGCAUGUAUGGAAGGAUGUAUAUAAUGUGAUAAUAAAACUACUUGUAUUAUAUGUGAUUAAGGUUAUUAUAAAAAUAAUUUGAAUGAAUGUAAACCUUGUAAUAUUAAUUGUAAAGCUUGUCAAAAUGAUACUCCAGAUAUAUGUACUUCUUGUAAUUCACCUAAAGUUUUACAAACAAAAAGACUAAACAUGUGUAGAUGCUUGUGAUGAUAAUUAAUAUUUAGAUAAUAGUCAAGUUGAUAUACCUAAAUGUAGGGAUUGCAUUAAUUUAUGUCUUAAAUGUGUAAAUGCAAAUUCUUGCUAACUUUGUGUAAAUGGCAAUUUUUUUAAUACAAAUACAUUGAAAUGUGAACCAUGUGAUGCUUAGUGUACUACAUGUGAAAACGGUACUGAUAAUACUAAAUGCCUGUCCUGCUCACCUCCUUUAUAUUACCAAUAACUGGAAAAAAAAUGCGUUAGGAAUUGCAAUUAAGGCUAAUAUCCGAACUCUUAAAGUGGUUUAUGCGAAUUUUGUGAUCCGAAUUGCUAAACUUGUAUAGAUUCAAAGACUUCUUGUCUUACUUGUAAUAAUAAUUAAUAUUUAUAAACUAACUAAACUUGCAAAGAUAUCUGUUUACCCAAAUAAUAUCCGGAUAAUGCGAGAAAAUGCUAACCGUGUAAUGCAUCAUGCUUAUCAUGUAUUAAUAAUACCUCAUGUUCUACAUGUGCUGAUGGUAAUUAUUUAAAUCCUUUAACUUAAUUUUGCUCGCCUUGCUCCGCUAACUGUAGAACUUGCGAUAAUAAUGCUGAUACUUGUACAUCCUGUAUUAAAGGUUAAUAUUUAAAUACUAAUACUAAUACUAAUAGAUGUGAACAAUGUAACGCAAACUGUGUCGCGUGCGAAAAUGGACCCACUAAUGAUUAAUAUGCAUUAAGGACAUGCUAAUAAUGUAAUGCGUCCUGUCUUACAUGUUAAAAUGCUAUUUCGUGUAAUACAUGUAAUGCAGGAUAUUAUAUAAACACAAGGAGUAAUUUAUGUGAAAAAUGUGAUGAUAAUUGUCAAACAUGUGAAAAUGGAAUAGUAAAUAAUUAAUGUAUUACCUGUAAUAAUAAUUAAGUUCUUUUAUAAACUAGAAUAUGCGCCGAUAAUUGCGAUAAUAAAUAAUUUGAGGAUUAAAAUAAAAAUUGUUAGUAAUGUGAUCCUACGUGUCUUACUUGCUCGAAUCCUAAUACGUGUGAUACUUGUGAAGAAGGAUCAUAUUUAAAAAGAAGUACAUAAAAAUGCGAAUUAUGUGACUUAAAUUGUAAAACAUGUAUAGAAAAGGGCAAAUGUGUAUCUUGUAAAUAAUUUUUUUUUUUAACCUAAGAUUAAUAAUGUAAACUAGAAUGUGAUUAAUCUUUUUUUUCAGAUUCUUAAGGAAAUUGUUAACCAUGUGAUUCUAAUUGUUUAAAUUGUAAACAAUUUAAUUAAUGUACAGAAUGUUUAUAGGGACUCUAUUUAUUUAAUGGAUUUUGUAGUAAUGAAAUUUAUUGCUAAGAGAAUACUUACUUAGACCAAAAUGAGUGCAAAACAGAAUGUCCUUAAAAUAAAUUUAAAAAUGUAGAGACUAAUACAUGCGAUCCUUGCCAUUCCUCGUGCAAAAGAUGCACGGAAGGAGGCAAUAUUAAAUGCUUGGAGUGCGAAAAUGGAUUUGUUUUGAAUGAAAAUGGUAAAUGUGAGAAUUAAAUAUAAGAAAUAAAUGCGACUACUAGUAAGAUAAUGUUUAAAGUAUAUCUCGUGGUUACUAUAUAUAUAUUAAUCGCGUGUAUAAUCUGCUAUUUUUUAGAUUAUAAAUCCUAUUAUAGAAAUAGGAAAGCGAAAAAUUUAAAAGAAUAAGAAUGUAAACCGAAAAUAGAACCCGUAAAAGACCAAAUUGAAACAUAAAAUGUAGCAGAAAAUGUAAAAAAAGAAAAAUAAAGGUAAAAGUAAACGUAAAGAAGACCCAAAUCAUAUAUUCAAAAAACAAAUUAAUAAUUAGAAUUGAUAAAUAUAAACUCAAAAAUUAAUAAAAAUCCAAAAAAAAGAAGUAAUUAUAUAAGUUAAAGUUCAGUUUCUCCAGAUUAAAAUAUAUAGAGUAUGUCUGGAUUUGAAAAUUUUAUCAGUAAAUAAACUAUAACAAAUAGUACGAAUAUCAAAAACAAUACAAAUGAUGUUUUAUUUGAAGUUAUUUAAAAUGAAAAUAAUAAUAUAAAUAAAGUUAAUAGAACAAAUACCGUUCAUAAUUAUUAUUAAUAUGACUAGAAAUUAUAUUUUACACUUAUUGCGAAUGAAUUUUUGGAGAUAUAUUUAUUAUUAGACUAUACACGAAACUCUUUACUUAGGGCUCUACUUAUAUAUUUUAAACAAUGCUUAUUUAUGCUAAUUUGCUUUUAUUCUUAUAUGAUAGGAUAUUUUUAAAUGGCAAUUUUAAUAUUAAUAUGUAUUAUAGUUAAAUAAUGUUUAAAAAAAAUUAUUGAAAAUAUUAAAUUAUUAAAAUUUCUUAGAUAUAUAUUUUCAAUGUUUAUUUUUCUAUCGAUUUUUAUAAUAUUCUUUAUUUUAUUUAUAUUAAAAGAGAGUAGUAUUAUUAAUGAUGGAGAAGAUUAAUAAUGGGCAAUUAGUUAUUUAUAAGUUUCUGUCAUAGAUAUAAUUUUGAUUUAAAAUAUAAUUUCAUUAUUAAACUAUUAUUCGAGUGUAAGAAAUUUAAAAGGAUAUAAUGAUAAAUUGUAAAAAUUCUUAGAUUAUACGUUUGUUUAAAAUAAUAUAAAAAAUAAAAUAAAAUAAAAAUAAAAAAAAUGA